CACGUCCCUUCUCCUGGCCCUCCUCACAUACACUCUCCCUCCCUCCCUCUCCUUUCCCGACGUCGCGUUGCACGCCCUCGAGCUGCGCUCGCCACUGUUUCUCUCGGCUUCACUCUUUUUGGCCACCCUCAGCGUCCAAGUCCGACACUGACAUUUUUACUACUAGUCAAGCACUGCACAUUCUUUCAUACUAAACGUGACGCAUAACGUGUCUCGCCAUGGCCCGCAUCUUCAGCCCCCUUCUCGUCGCUCUCGUCUCCGUCACCGUUAACGUUCACGGGUUCCCGCUGGAGAAGCGCAUCGCCCAGACCAUCUCCGCCUCUACUACGAAAUGGGAGGCAGCUUGUGACGCUGCCGGUGGAGGUGCCCAAUGCAACACCAUCGCCGUCAACGCGUUUGGUAACCUCUUGGCUGCUGCUGAUCCCUGCGGUCAACAGAAUGCCGCUGACACCAUGAUCGACCUCGCCAAGCAACUCAACAGCGACGCAGACAUGAUCAAGUUCGCCCAGAUCUUUGCGCAGCAGCCCCGCAACACGCCCACCUCCCAGGCUGUGCCUUACUGCCAGAGUGCGCCCAAGAACGCCGAGCUGGACGGACUCUUCCAGUGCCAGUUCCAGGGCGCGGACGAGAGCACCUUCGUCGGCGGCCUCGCUGCUGGCUCGGCCGGUACUAUUCCCUUUGGCAUGACCAGCGCCGUCUCCCCUGCAGGCUCUUGCCCCGCGAACCCCAGCGGCCCCGUUCCCGACGGCGAGCAGCUCUCCGACCUCGUCAGCAGCCCUGGCAGUGGCUCCUUCAGCGGCUCUUCCAGUGGCUCGGGCUCGGCCUCCGCGUCUGCCGUCGCGUCGACCGCCGCCGCCGCUUCAUCUGCGGCGGAUACUAGCGUUGCGACCUCUGUCGCCGCAACAUCCGCCGCUGCAGUUGCCACUUCCGCGGGCUCUGGCUCUGGCUCUGGCGCGUCCGCCACUGCGACCGCUUCGUCCUCUUCCUCGAGCGGCUCCAGUUUCCUCCUCUCCAACGGCCAGCAAGCCCAGCAGCAGAACGCGCAGUUCGCCUCGCUUACCGCGAACAACACCUGCGAUGAGGGCAGCGACGCGUGCGUCGACGGCCAGUUCGCGCAGUGCGUCAGCGGCGCGUACGUCAUGCAGAGCUGUGGCUCCAGCCUGAGCUGCUUCGCUCUGCCGCUUGUCAACAAGGCCGGUACCUCCAUCACCUGCACGACCCAGUCCGACGCGGAGAGCCGCAUCGCCAACACGGGUGCUACAGGCGGUGUCACUGGCUCUGGCUCCGGCUCCGGCUCCUCUUCGUCGUCGUCGUCGUCUUCGUCUGGCGCGGGCGCGGAGUCCUCGGCUGUUACAUCUGCUUCUGCGGUUGCCCCCGCCGCGCCGGCUGCGAACACGGAGGUAGCGGUCGCGGCCGUGGCGUCCUCGGCUGCUGCCACCGCAACAUCCUCCGGCAGCGGCUUCCAGCUCUCGAACGGCCAGCAGGCGCAGCAGCAGAACGCGCAGUUCGCGAGCCUCACCGCCAGCUCCACCUGCACCGAGGGCUCGGAGGCGUGCGUCGGCGCGGACUUCGCGCAGUGCGUGGGCGGCCAGUACGUCACGCAGAGCUGCGGGGCGAGCCUGAGCUGCUUCGCGCUCCCGCUCGUGAAGAGCGCAGGCACGAGCAUCACGUGCACGACCCAGGCGGACGCGGCCGCGCGCAUCGCGAACACGGGCGCGACGGGCGGCGUCACCGGGAGCGGCAACUGAGUGUUGGGGUCGACGUUGGAUACGGAGCCCCUCUCCCCGGGUGGAUGGGGAAAUGAUUAAUGACCUGACUUCGUCUCGUCUCGUCUCGCCUUGCCUUUGUGUUGGAUAUCGGGUGUGGGGUGUGGAAUGCGGGCGCGACACGACGCGACGCGACGUAUACGAGCCCUACACAGCCGUUAUUUGGAGUUAAACAUUACAUUAGCAUUUAUAGCAAUGGAGUGUUGAAACCCUCUA